AUGAUGAAUAUAGAUCUCGCAUCCACGGAAACCAAAGAUCGCUUACUUAGAGAGGAUAUCGAUGAUAAUGAAUUAACGACUCCUAAGACCAUUCAAAUCUCAACAAAAUAUGGAUAUGUUAUCGUUACACAACAAGGUUUACCAAAUCGCUCGGUUCUUGUCACUUAUCAUGAUAUCGCAUACAAUUCAGCAACACAAUUUCAUCAUUUCUUCUCCAUACCGGAAAUGAUGCCGGUCACUGAACAUUUUACUAUCUACCAUAUUAACGCACCAGGACAAGAAGAUCAAGCGAAUGCACUGCCAACUGCAUCAAUCUAUCCGGACUUGGAUCAACUAGCUGAGACAGUUAACGAUGUCUUCGACUAUUUAAAUAUCAAAUCAGCUAUUGGGCUCGGUGUUGGUCUCGGCGCAAACGUCUUGGUUCGUACGGCGCUAAAAUAUCCAAACAAAUUUUACGGCCUUAUUUUGGUGAAUUGUAUCACGCGCGGCGUUGGAUGGCUGGAAGGCUUUUCGCUUAAAUGGCCAACGAAAGACAUUCCAGAGCAACGAUGGACAUCGUCAUUACUCAAUUAUCUUAUUUGGUAUCAUUUGGGUUCAGAAAGUCAAUCAUCGCAACCUGAUUUAGUUGCUGCACUUCGCGAUCAUUUGGAAAACAAUAUUAAUGUGAAGAAUGCCAUUAAACUGUUAAAUGCGUUCUUAAAGCGGAUAGCAAUUCCAUUAAAACGAUCGCCUGAUGGCAAUAAACACGGGAAUGCAGCAUUAACUUUGAAAUGUUCUGUGGUCAAUAUAACCGGAUUUUCCUCUCCACACAAGGAGGAUGUUAUCGAUACACAUGAUCGCUGUGAUCCGGCGACGAGUUCGUACGUUGAAUUUUCUGAUUGUGGUGGUGCAAUACUUGAAGAGCAACCGGCAAAAAUGGCUGAGACUAUCCGAUUAUUCUUACAAGGUCUUGGUUACAUUUCUCAUCUGAGCAUUCCAAGAUAUUCUAUCGCCAAUCGCUUAGCUGAGCAAACAGCCGAAUACAAACGUCGGCAUGGUUCAUUUUCUAAACCACCUCGUCGUGUUAGUACUCAGAUCGAUUCUGGACAUUAUGUUGAAGAUGAACCAACGGAAUAUGAAGAAGAACUUCAACUUCGCGUCGAUUCAUUCGAUAGACCACAGGUGUAA